AUGUUUAAAAAAGUCAUCCAAUCCAUAGUAAACCAAAUGGAUCCAAGAGGAGACCUGGUCCCAGUUCAUAGCAUCUUAGACCACGAACAUUUCAGACCCCUCUGUCUAGUGAGAAGAAAAAGAAAAGCCAUAUUCCACCCAUCUCCCUGCUACAAACGGACAUGGUACAGACUCGACGAUGUGCUGCUGCCUGGAGAAGACAAUAAAAGCACAGAGUCCCUCUUUCCCAAUGGAGAUGGUCAAGAUUCAAGGCAAUUUACAGUCAAAAAAAGUGUCAGUGACAGAGUUGAUGGGAGUCUAAGCCUUUGUGUUGACCCUACAAGCGUAGAGCUGAAAGGAGCUGCCUCCUUCUCCAAACAGUGGUCCAUCAAGCUGGAGAAGAACUACAUACCAGUACCAGAACUUGAGGCACUGAAAACAGAAAGGAAAAUGAAUGUGAAUCACUCCUUCAUUCAACAACUAAAGAAAAAACGACAAAAUUUAUAUGUGGUUCACGAAACAAUAGAAACCUUAGAGGAGGCCAGCUACGAGGAAUCUACCAAGGCAGAGGGGAGCUUCAUGUCCCAGCUUUACGCCAAGUUUUGUGCAAAGGGCACCAGAGAGAACAAACAAAGCAUAACUAUACCCAAGGGCUGCACCCUGGCAUUCAGGGCAAUCCAGCUGGCCAUUACAGACGGAUCAUGGGAUCUUGAAUAUUUCCCAGAAGAAAGCAGAUCAAUGUUCGUAUCUGAUGGUUUCUCACAAGGCAAGUUAGGAGCACUGGAGGAAGAAGUUAAAGAGAACUGUCAAGUUCUCUCCAAGUUGUCUUCUGAUCUGCUCAUCAUAUUUUUAAAAGCCAUCAAAGCAGUGAUGAGAGACAGGAACCUCUUUCAAGAGCUGACCCAGAAAAUGGAAGCAGUUCUUGAUGAAACUGGUAGUUGCAAGUUGGAAACAGAAAGCCCAGACUUAAGAGACCUAUUGAGCAGCUUACAGUAUUCUUCAAGACAUCUUCUCCUUAAGCUGGCAGGAGCAAUCGCCUACACUCUUGACGCAUUAGAUGAGCUAACGGAGGAUCAGCUGCUGCUAUUACUAGAGUCUUUGGAAGAGAAGGUUGUGUCCCAACAGCUUAAGCUGGUUGAGAGCAUCUUGGAACAUGACAUAGAACACAGGAAGGAGCACUUCAGUGUGGAUGCCAGCGUGCUCUCCUUCUCACGAGAGAAGGAACAAAAAAUAACCAUUGCAAUGGUUGAGAUGAGUGGAGUGAAGCUCCAGGAAGACGGAUCUGCUGUCUGUAUGGAAGAAGCCUUCUCGGCCGUAGCAGCCCUGUACGUGUCUCUGUACGUCCUCGAUCUUCUGAGUAACUCGGAUUAG